AUGGAGACUCCGACAUUUCAUGAGAAGAAUCGUCUACAGAUUAUUGAACAGAAGGUGAAGGAGGUGCAGGAGAAACUCACUACACGGCUACCAUCACAAUAUCAACAUUUGGUGGCCAUGGUGUGUGGCAUCAAGUGGCGAUUGCAGACACUGAAACCACAGGACACUGGAGCUGUUGUUAAGAAGAUGCGUCUGGAACUAGGAGCUUUUGACUAUCGUGCGAAGGAGCAGGCAGAGCUCCUGACGCAGUAUCUUCUAGAUCUGGACGGUGUGUUGAGUCACGGAGACGCCGAUAUCAAGAACACUCGUAAGGCGCUAGUGGUGUUUAUCCAGCAACAGCUGUUACCCAAGGCUGACGCAUUUAAGAAACGCAGCGCCAAGUUGAAGCAGUUUGGAGAAGAUACGCUCGGUAGAUUUGAGAGGCAGACACGAGAAGUUUUGAUGCAAAGUGACAGUGGUGCUGAGUCUGAUGAUCUGCACGUGAAGGCUUUGUUUGAUGAAAGCGAAGAGGAAAGCAGCGAGUCAGAUGAGGAGGAAGCCAGUGAACAGGGUAGCAGUGAGUCAGAUGAAGAGGAGGAAGAGCGUGAAGAGGAGGAAGAAGAAGUCAAUGAAGAUGAAGAGAUGGAGGAGUUUGCUGAUGCAAAGGACGACGAGCCCAUGGCAUCUGAGGCUGAAGCAAUUGACGAGGCUGAGGCACACGAUGUAGGUGAGGCUGACGAUGAAGUUGAAGACGAAGGGGACAAAGAGCAAGCUGCUCCGUUGCGCAAGUCACCGCGACUUCAGUCGCCUGUAACUCCUGCACCUCCAAACAUCGAUGUCAACAUGCUACCCGUGUGGCGGCCGUACUACCAGCUACAGCGUCGACAGGAUGGCAUUUAUCUCAUUGCCCGACUGAACGAUAUUGAUCCGCGCAACGUGCGCGUGCAGUGGAACGAGCGUAAUGGAGUGUUACGUGUAAGUGGUUUCCGACUGCCGACGCAGAAGGACAUUGUCAUGUCCCGUCUCAGUGGUGCACCGACAUUUGGUCGUUUUGAGAUUGCAGAGCAGUUUCCGCGGAAUAUGCUCAAUAUGGAGGAAGCGACACAGCAGAUUGUGGAGAACGGUACUUUACAAAUACGUAUGCCGUAUUACGUGUCGCGACAGCCGUUGCACUAUCACCCGGCAUCACUUUUUCAGCCCCAGGACUGUUUUGUAUGGUAA